AAACAUAUUAUUGAUAGUCUAGUUGUAUUUGUCGUACUUGUAACUUGCAAUAAAGGGCAUCCAAAACCCAAUCAUUUUUUUAACCAAACAUUUCCACUUUGGAAUUUGGAAACCAUAAUAAAGAUCCUAUAUGCUGUGCACGCAAACAACUAGUACAAUUACAACAUCAAACAUAGAAGAAGAAGAAAAAAACCUUCAAUCAACAGCUAUAAGAAUUGCUAGCUAUCAUCAAUAUAAACUUCACAAGCUUAGCCAUGGAAAAGUAUGAGAUAAUUAAAGAUAUUGGAUCAGGAAACUUUGGUGUUGCAAAACUUGUAAGAGAAAAAUGGAGUGGAGAGUUAUAUGCUGUUAAGUUCAUUGAAAGAGGCUUCAAGAUUGAUGAACACGUGCAAAGGGAGAUUAUAAAUCACAGGUCCUUGAAACAUCCCAAUAUUGUUAGGUUCAAAGAGGUGUUGCUCACUCCAACUCAUUUAGCAAUAGUGAUGGAAUAUGCUGCUGGUGGAGAACUGUUUGAAAGAAUAUGUAGUGCUGGUAGAUUCAGUGAAGACGAGGCAAGAUAUUUCUUCCAGCAGUUGAUUUCUGGAGUUAGCUAUUGCCAUUCAAUGGAAAUUUGCCAUAGAGAUCUUAAGCUCGAAAACACACUUCUAGAUGGAAGCUCGGCACCACGGCUAAAAAUAUGCGACUUUGGUUACUCAAAGUCAUCUGUUCUGCACUCCCAACCAAAAUCAACGGUCGGAACCCCGGCUUAUAUUGCACCAGAGGUCUUAUCAAGAAGAGAAUAUGAUGGAAAGAUUGCAGAUGUUUGGUCUUGUGGGGUGACUUUGUAUGUGAUGCUUGUUGGUGCUUAUCCUUUUGAAGAUCCAGAAGACCCAAGAAACUUCAGAAAAACACUUCAGCGAAUUCUCAGUGUCCACUAUUCUAUUCCUGACUAUGUCCGCAUCAGUCAAGAAUGCAGACAUCUUUUAUCAAGAAUAUUUGUAGCCAACCCAGAGAAGAGAAUUACCAUACCAGAGAUAAAAAUGCACCCAUGGUUCCUAAAAAACUUGCCACUAGAAUUCACAGAGGGUGAAAAUAAUUUACAAACUAAUGAAAACGAUUCAUCAUCACAAAGCAUAGAAGAAAUAUUGUCCAUAAUUCAAGAAGCUAGAAAAGCAGGAGAUGGUCCAAAAGUUAGUGAGCAGUUUGUUGGUGGCAGCAUGGAUCUUGAUGAUUUAGAUGCAGAUGCUGACAUAGAUGACAUUGAAACUAGUGGUGAUUUUGUUUGUGCUUUAUAAAUGAUAAUGUUGAUGUUUGAUAUUCUACCUUAAAAGUUGUUUUAAGAUAACAUGUUUCUUUUUCCAUCAUAUCCUUAACAAUGUAAGGAAUCAAACAACAAACAAACAAAGAAAUGGAAGUUACUUGUCUUGAUCUUAGGUUAA